AUGGAAGCGUCGGCGUCGGCGCACACGCGUCGGAAUCUGUUCGACAGGCGGCCCGUCGUCAAGCCCGAGGCUUCUCCUCCGGUCAAGUGGGUGAAAGAAUGGGUGACUCAAGAUAUCGCCUCCGGCGGAAAGUGCCGGCUCUUAAAAUGGGUCAGCGAAGCUACAUUGAAGGCGAUCGAAGAGAAGAAACCACCGGAAUUACCCGAACCCGAACCCGAACCGACGACGGAGGUUCUGUUCCUCUGUAGCAGCGAAGGUUGCGGGAGAACGUUCAUGGACGCCGGAGCAUUGAGGAAGCAUUCACAGAUCCACGGCCCGAGACAGUACUAUUGCGUUUACGAGAAUUGUGGGAGGAAAUUCUUGGAUAGGUCAAAAUUGAAGAGGCACUUGUUAGUUCAUACUGGGAAGAGAGAAUUCGAGUGCCCAUUUCCAGGCUGUGGGAAGGCGUUUUCCCUGGAUUUUAAUUUAAAAUCACACAUGAAAACACAUUCUCAGGAGAAUUACUUUGUUUGCCAUUAUCCAGGUUGUGGAAGGCGAUUUGCUCAGGACUCCAAGCUUCGAAAUCACAUCGCUUCCCAGCAUGUUAAGGCUUUGAAUGAGGUACAAAUACAAAUUCCCCUGUAUAAUAAUAGUCCGGUGAUCCCUGACCUGAAGCUGGUUAAAACUCCCAAAUCUUCCACGGUUACUCACAACUCUCCGGCAUUGGAUCGCCCGUUUGUCUGUCCAUAUGAGUCGUGUGGGAACAGAGCUUACAUACAUGCGUACAAGCUGAAUCUUCAUUUGAAAAGUGUGCAUCCCGGGCAUCAUUUUAAGGAUGGAACGCAGGCGAAGGCGAAUGCCAAAUCAACUGUUGCUGGGAGAUAUGUGGAUACUGAAGCAAGUCACGAUGAUGAUGGUGCUGCACGGGCUGUGAAUCCCGGGAAUGGGAAAAUGCUGCAGAAGCAAAACAGGGCUAAGCCAAUUUUGAAAUCGCCUCCUGCGAAAAUCGCUCCUCAACUUAAAAGCUCCAAUGGUAACAGCAUUGCAACCGGAAAGUCUAGGUUAAUGAAUGGUGCAUUUGAUGAAGGGGAUGAUAGUGAAGAAACAGAGGACGAGAAAGAGGAACUCGAGGAUAAAUGGGGAUAUCACGGAAAUGGAGACGACGACGAUGAUGAUGAAGAGACAGAUUACGAGGAUUAG